UCGAAUUUUCGCAUGCAAGACGGUGGGUCUUAUUUUUCCCCCGACGUAUGCAAAUGCAGAACCCACCGUUCUUCCUCUCUCCGCGAUAAAUUUCUUUGGUAAAUGAAACGAUUUUCAGCGGAAUAUAUGUGCACGAGGUGGUCACCACGAGAAUUUACUUCAAGUUGGCCUAUAGAACCACCGUUCUGAUAAUCAUGAAUCUGCAAACACUGUUUCAGGAUUUCAAUCCAAGUAAAUUUUUGGUACACUCCUGUUUGAUGAUAUUUACAACCUUAUUUGCGCUUCGUUUGGAUGGUUUCAUAGAAUGGAGUUAUUGGACUGUAUUUACUCCAAUAUGGUUUUGGAAAAGCAUGGUAAUUUUGGGUGCUACUAUUGGAAGUUAUGUUUGGUGGAGGCAUCCACAUGCAAGGUUGGAAGGAGAUGCUUAUAUACAUUAUAAAGCAAUGUUGAUUACAUUGGCAUUACAUUUGAUUCUGUUAAUGUUUGAAUUGUUAGUAUGUGAUAAAUUAGAAUCUGAAAGACAUCUUUGGAUGCUUGUAUUUAUACCACUUAUCUUUAUCUCCGCAGUAUCAAUAGUUGUAUGUAUAUGGGCUGCAAAGCAUGACCGAUCGUUUGAACUUGAAUUAUUCUGUGCAGUAAAUAUACUGCAGUUUAUUUUCUUGGCAUUAAGACUAGAUGGUAUCAUCACAUGGAGCUGGGAAGUAGUGUUUGCUCCCCUUUGGGCACUUUUAUCAUUAUCUUUAGUUGCAGUAUUGUAUGCAAUAGUCUUUGCUGCUGUUUUAUUAAGAACUCCACAGAUUAAUGCCAGACAAAGGCGGACAUCUUUGAACUCAGCAUUGGCAUAUACAUUUCUUGUGGUUCCAAUCCUAGUGUUCCAAGUACUAUUAGCAAAUAAAUUGGAUGGAGAUAUUUCAUUAAAUUAUACAACUGUAGCAAUGCCGCUUUUAAUAUCUCAUAUAACUCUUAUUUUUAUGUCAUUUGAUGCAAAAGGAGGAAACAGAUGGUGGUUUGGUAUUAGAAAAGAUUUUUGUCAUUUUCUAUUGGGAUUAUGUCCACUACUCCAAGAAUAUGGUAAUAUUUCUUAUCAACCGAGAAGUGACCAGGACCAACCACCAUCAGAACCAAUGGUCUCAGAAAAGAAUGAAAAACAUGGUCUAUUCGGUGAGAUAUUUUUAUCGAUAUGACUGGUUUGUACCAGAUGCCAUAUCUUAAUAAAUAAUGGACAGGUGCGUAAAUAAUAGCGGAAUCUACUAUAAAAGAAGGGGAAACUAUUAUUUUCAAUAUGAUAUAUCGUAAUGAAAAUCUUGUUGUUGUUAAACAUAUGCGCCAAGGCAAUCAUAAUUAUGAUCCAUUUUAUUCACGGGGCUUAAGCUUUAUAUGAUCACAGUGAACAUGAUAGGAAAGGUCUUGAAAAGAUUUUUUAAAACGAAUUACUUAAGAGAGAGUUGAAUAUUAAAAGCAUCUGCAUAAAAAAGCCCUGAAGCAAAUUUAGCAGCCACAGUGCUCAAAAUCAUUAUGUCUCUUAAAAUUGCAUCAAUUUUAUGUGUAUCCAAACACUUAAAUUAUGCGUAGAAUAAGCAACCAACCCGUCCAUUUGUUUGAUUGCUCCUUUAUAAUGACAUAGGAUAAUUGCCGACCUAUUUUGUUAAGCCUAUUAUUCGUAAACGUUACGAAACAAUAGCAUUAUUAUUACUUUGCCAAAAGUAGGAGAUGUAAAAUGAUGGUAAACAUGCCUAAGCUGGUGCUAAAAAAAUUAACGAUAUCUUAGACAUGUUUUGUAUGCAGCUGUGAACUGUUCAAUUUAAAAUUGAAACUAGGCUUCGGCGUAUCGUGAUCUGUACAGAGCUAACUUGUAAUAUAUUAUAUUUUAAAUAGAUUUUCCUGCAAAGUGUUGUAAAUGUAAAUUCGGAACUCGUUGCUAAGGAAAAUCUUUCAUGUAAAUAGUACUCCAAGUUUUAGGAUUUGUUAACACUGUACAGAUCAUGCUCAAGAGAUUUAUCGUGUAUAUAGCUAAGUUUUGACUAAUACGUAACUGUCUGACUUUUAGUUAACAUAAAAUUUGUCAACAUUGAAUUAUUUGUAAACAAAUUCAUGCGUAUACAGAUAACAUAAAGGGUAAAAAAUGUAAAACGAGUAAAGCUAUGGACGAAAAAUAAUUAGAACGUUACGUUUUCAUUUAAAUAAUUUUUAUCUUAUGUUAUUUAUCUCAUUCUGAAUUUUUAUUGUGAAUAAAACGUGAUCGUAUUAUUCAUCUAGUAAAUUUCAAGAAAUUGUCAUGAACAAAAAUUGUUGAUCAAAAGCAAAAGCAUAAAGUAAUAAAAUUAAUCAUUGCAUUUUAAUUUUCAUGGAAAUAUUUUAUUGCGUGUACAAGAGCCCUUUUUCGAAUAAAUUUUAUUUCAACAACAUAUUUUAAAUAUCUGUAAUGAGUAUGUUGAUAAUAAUAUAGAAUAAAAAAUAAAAGUCAUACAUUUACAUUAGAAUAAUUUUCAACAUGUUCCUAAAGUUUUCGCGAUAUUUCUCAUUAAAAUAUUUAUAUUGAUAUUAGCAGGGAGAUAACCAUUUUAAUAUGUAAUAUAAGUGUGUUCAAAGGGCUCUGUUACUUUAAGUGUUAAGUUAGUUUUGUGUACGCUUACUACUCAUCAGUUGUUUAAUGAAUGCUAAUGAGCAAUUAAUGCGUUUUGUAAUCGAUGAUGUAACAAUCUUAUAGCAUGUUGUUUUAUAUAUAUCGAAUAAUUUAAUCUAUCAUAUUUUUAAAAGAAUUAUCGAAAAUAUUAUGAUGUUCAUAUAAAAUAAUAGUAUUUAUUCGACACGGUCUACGUGUCAUGUAUCAUAAUGUUAGAAUUGUUGCGAUAAAAAAUGAUACUGACUCUUGUUUCCGAUUAAAAUAUGAUUUAUCGAAAACUUAACUGAAAUUUUCGUAAACUGUUUGAAACGAUAGAUUUUUAAUCGGCCUUAAUAGGACAAGAGAUUGGCAUAUAUCGGUUGGGAUACAAGACUGAGCGCCUCGCAUCCUUAGAAUAGCGUGAAUAAAAUGUGAAAAAAAAAAAAAAGAAA